AUCGGCGAUAACGGUAUGCACAGACCACUCAAAGUCCCGAGCAACAAAGAUUUGAGGAACGGCCAAAGAGAUGCUCGCGCGCGCGAUCAACGAAUUCGUCAAUCAAAUUCACGACAACAGAAACUUGCGCCGUCACUCGAGAGACUGCACGAUCUCAUCACCACCGAUUCCAAGAACAAUCACACGUGAAUACCGACUACACACUUGGAACCGACAAAUACCGACAAAAUGAUUAUUCCGAUCCGCUGCUUCUCUUGUGGCAAGGUGACGGGCGAUCUCUGGGAGAAGUUCGUCAAGCUUAUUGAGGAGGAUGGCCUUAGCGAUGGCGACGCUCUGGAUCAACUCGGGUGCAAGAGGUACUGCUGCCGACGCAUGGUCAUGACACAUGUCGACCUCAUCGAGAAGCUUCUCAAAUACACGCCCGAUGGACGGAACUACAAGAAGAUCGAGAUGCAGCAAACACACCAGGACGCUUGAAUUCGGUCGUUGACGUGCAUAUAUUCGGCGUUGAACAAGGUGGCCAUGGGUUUU